CAAAUAAUUAAACGUGAUUUCUCGUUUUCAAAGACGAGAGUGAAGAUAUUUAGACUGCAAUAGACUCAAACAACAAUGUGCUUUAUCCUUCGCAUUUCACAUAGAUCGUGGAAUUGAGUCAAAUGCUACGAUCUCGGCGGCGCUCCCCUUACGGCGCCUACCUCUGCGCCGUCAUCUCCGCCCUGCUCCUCCUCCUCUCCGUCUCCCUCCUCUACUCCCGCCUAUCCCGCUCCCACCCUCACUCCGACCAUCUCCCCCGCCCCUCCUUCUCCCACUCCGCCGACCUCUCCGCCGCCGAUGACCCCAUCGACGAGGUCGACUUCGUGGACGAAACCCUAGACCCUCCUUCUCUCCGCCUCAACCCUUCUCCCCGUUACUACUUCGACCCCCUUACUGCCUCCAUUCGCCGGUCCUUCCUCUCCCCUCCCUCCCUCCGCCAAUCGCGCACCGACGACGACUUACCCCUCCGAUCCUUCUCUGACCACGACCCCUCCAAGACCGCCUUCCCUCCGGAUGACGUCCCCGUCGAUGACGCUGUCAGGAACAUGGCCACCCGCGUCACCACAAUCGAGGACGCGCUGCUACUCAAAAACUCUCCCCUCAGGGACGGCUGGGGCGACUGGUUCGACAAGAAAAGCGUGUUUCUCAGGAAAGAUAGAAUGUUCAGAUCCAACUUCGAUUUGUUGAACCCCCUGAACAACCCCUUGCUUCAGGAUCCCGACGCUGUCGGCACCACCGGGCUCACCAGGGGCGACCGCACUGUCCAAAAGUGGUGGAUCCACGAGUUCAAGAAAGUCCCCUUCCCUAGUAACAAGAAGGUUCCACUUAACAUCAAUGUCUACCCACUCCAGUCCCAAGUUGGCGCGAACGCAAACUUUGAACCAUAAACCAUCACUAACAACAAUAAUAAUGAACAUGUGGAUUAUUCAGGACGUUAUGAAUUUCAGGUGAAGGAUCAUAUAUAUGCGGAAUGGGGAUACUUGGGGUACUAUCCUGGGUUGCGGUUACGAUUGCCAUUCAACGACUUCAUGGAUGCGUUUUUCAGGGUGGGGAAAUGUGUUACCAGGGUGUUUAUGGUGUGGAAUUCGCCUCCUUGGACGUACACUGUCCGGCACCAGCGUGGCCUCGAGAGUUUGCUCUUUCAUCACCCUGCUGCUUGUGUUGUUGUGUUCUCUGAGACGGUUGAGCUUGAUUUCUUCAAAGAGAGCUUUGUUAAGGAUGGUUACAAAGUUGCUGUUGCUAUGCCAAAUCUCGACGAGUUGCUGAAGGAUACGCCUGCUCACAUUUUUGCUUCUGUGUGGUUUGAAUGGAAGAAGACAGAGUUCUAUUCCACUCAUUACAGUGAGCUUAUCCGCCUAGCUGCUCUGUACAUGUAUGGUGGGAUCUAUCUGGACUCAGAUAUCAUUGUUUUGAAGCCAAUUUCUCUUCUUAAUAAUUGUGUUGGUAUGGAGGAUCGUGGUGCUGGAAGUGCUUUGAAUGGUGCUGUGAUGGCUUUUCAAAGGCACAGUUUGUUCAUAAAGGAGUGCUUAGAAGAGUUCUAUAUGACGUACGAUGAUACCAGUCUGAGAGGGAAUGGUGCUGAUCUGUUAACAAGGGUUGCACAGAAAUAUUUGAUAGAGGAGAAUAAAUCUGUCAAGGACUUGAAGUUGAAAGUAGAACCCUCUUAUGUUUUCUUCCCUGUUGGUUCUCAGAACAUAUCAAGAUACUUCAUUGCACCGACAACAGAGACUGAUAAAGCUCAACAAGAUAUGCUGCUUGAAAAUAUCCUGCACAAUUCAUUGACAUUCCAUUUCUGGAACAGCCUGACAUUUUCUCUCGUCCCUGAACCAGAUAGCCUUGUGUCUAGACUUUUUAAUCAUGCAUGUAUCCGAUGCCUGGAAUUACUAUGAUUGUCAUCAACUUCCACCAAUUUUGUCUCGAGAUUCCAUUCAGAUUACAGUCCAGAAAAUAUCGGCAGGGUCUUGUACAUGCAGUUGUACAAUUUUAUUGUAUGUUAGUGAAUCACUGGGAAGUCCACGACUAAAAGAUAGGUAAGAUAUACAGAAAAUUUUGUAAAGCAAAAUAUAAUGAUAAUGUAUUAGUAUCUGAGUUUAUAGGCUGUGAGAACAUGUUAUUUAUCAUUUCUUAAUUUUUUAAUAAAUUAUUAAUUUCUUGAUGUGA